AUGUGUGGCUGUGCGCACAGUGCCCAGGACCAAGCACUUCACUUGGAAGGGAAGCCCAAAGAUUUUGCAGCUUUGUCAUCCGCCUUAGCAUCUAAGAAAAUGCCAAAAAGCAUUUCCAUAUCCAAACAGCUGGCUUCAAUAGAAGCUCUUAAGAAAGGCUCAGAUCUGGAAAAAGCCAUUGCCACCACAGCUCUGAUUUUCAGAAACUCAUCUGAUUCUGAUGGUAAACUUGAAAAAGCUACUGCCAAAUAUCUGCUACAAACCCAAUUUAGGAAUUUUAUAGAGGGACAAGAAACCAAAUCAAACUACAAAGACCUUCUUUCAGAACUUGAUGAGAACACAGAAAAUAAGCUUGAUUUUGAGGAUUUCAUGAUUUUGCUCUUAAGCAUCACUGUCAUGUCAGAUUUGCUACCAAAUAUAUGGAGUGCAAAAGUUACGAAAUAAACAGUUUUUGAAUGUAGUAUGCAUAAAAUAAUAAUAAAAAAAUAGUAAUAAAACAGUGA